UAUGAAAGAAACGAUUACACCCGGGAAACAAACAGCAGCUUGGAAUUGGCUUCCCACGCCGACAAGACAAAUAGACUGUCGUUUUUAAAUGCCUCGGAGUCUUACAGAGCCUAGAUACCAUUGUACACGGACUCUUUGACACGAUGGAUUCCCACGCGCCUUUGAAGGUUGUCAUUGACGGAGCAGGCAUCGGGGGCUUGAUGGCCGCUUGUGCUCUCCGUGAAGCAGGUCAAGAUGUCGAGGUCUACGAGCAGUCCCAGAUGGCAAAUGAGAGGGGCGCCGCCAUCGCGCUGCAGCCGAACUCAACAACCCUCCUCCGUCGUUAUGGGCUUGAGCCUGAGGAUUUCGGAGCCACGACUAUGGAGAACAUGACGAUGAUGGAUGGCGGUAGCCUAGACGUGAUGCAAGAGAUAACCGACAAGGUGAAGGAAGCCACACUAUCGGAGCAGCGUGCACAGAAAUGCUACUUCAUCCACAGAGUCGACCUCCACAGCACGCUGAGGAACAAGGCGACCGAGCAGGGUGCCGUGCUUCAUGCCGGCUGCGAAAUCACGAGCGUGGAUGAAGCCGCCACCACCGUCACCCUCGGCGACGGCACGACCGUCAAGGCGGACGUGAUCCUUGGAGCCGACGGGGUCCACUCCCGAACGCGCAAGGUGGUCUUCGGAGAGUCCUACCAGGAGCAGCCGUCGGCGCUGAGCUGCUUUCGGUUCUUGAUCCGGACCCAAAGCCUACUGGAUGAUCCGGAAACCCGCGUCUUCGUCGAGAAGCCCGGCAGCAUGAUGGACCUGGUUGGACCGGACAGGCGCAUCAUCCUUUACCCGUGCUCCCAGGGCGAGUAUCUCAAUGUUCUUCCCAUCGUCCCGCGCCGGUUGGCCGAAGCUCCCGGGUCGAAGAAGGAGAACCUGCUAUCUUCGUUUUCCGCUUUUGCAUCCCCGGUCCAGCGGAUGUUGGAGAAGGCUGACGAAGCGGGCGUCACCGUGUGGCCCUUGUUCGACAUGGACCUACUCCCAAUCUGGACCAAGAACUCCGUUGCUCUCCUUGGAGACGCUGCACACCCGUUCACUCCGUUUCUUGCUCAAGGCGCCGCCUCGGCAGUGGAAGACGCCGUCUCCCUGGCCGUCAUGCUGCCUCUCGGAACUACUCCAGGACAGGUUCCGGGAAGGCUACAGCUCUACGAGCGCUGCCGUAAGGCCCGGGUCGACCGCAUCCAGGAGUUGAGUCGCGUGAGAGGCAGAGACGCAUCGGGAGAGCGAGGAAAACCACCGACUGGAAACGAGAUAUUCAGCUGUGCCAUGUACUGCAAGCAACACGAUGAGUACGUCCAUUCGGCCAAGUUCCUGGAGGCUUUUGACGUGCCGUUCAUCCCCAUGCCCCCGGUCCCUUGAGCAAUUCGUAGACUGUGUCCUUGGUCUUAGUAGUCUGUACGGUGGAGAGAUAAUAGAACUUCAAUGCUUGCAAACCUUUCUG